CGAGGAAUGGUAAGGCAGGGAUCGGCAAGCCGUCACCUGAUGAAUGCCAAGGCCGGUGAACAUAGAAGAGCGUACAACCGCCAGCGCUUCCCAAGCUCUCUACCUCUAUCCAGAUACAGCAAAAUUCCACUAUUUUCAGUGCAAAUGGAGGAUCUUUAUAACGCAAUCACCGAUGGCAGGGAUGAUGACGCCAUCGAAUUGCUUGAUCGCGAUGUCCCCAUGACCAUUAACCACUUUGCCCUUGCUACCCGAAUGAAACGUUACAAGAUCGUUGACGAUUUCAUUCAGCGAGGUUGGGAUAUCGAUACACACGUCGAUAGUCUAACGCCCUCGUGCCUUGUGUAUACAUUCGACGACAUCAAGCUGCUGAGAUGGUUUUUGGAUCAUGGCGCCAGUCCAAACAAAAGAUGCCUCAUCCGAGAUUACACUCCGCUGUCUUGUGCUGUUCAACACGCGUCGUUUGAAGCAAUUCAACUCCUCUUCCAACACGGCGGAUCAAUUGAGCAUGGACAGCUGCUGCAUUAUGCUUCGUUGAGAUCCCAUCCAGACAACCUUGAAGUCCUGAAAUAUAUAUAUGACAAGAACCCGAAUUUCAAUGCGGCCAUUAUCAACAAGCUUCUCGAUGAAAAUUCGCCUCGAGAUUUCGCACAUAACUACAGGGCUGGACUUGGGACACCGCUCCAUUUCGCCGCUUUACAAGGCUCUUUGGAAUGCGUAAGAUUCCUAGUGGAGAAAGGAGCCAAUCCUUGGAUACAGGAUCCGUACCGUAAGACUGCAUUAAGUAUUGCUAUUUACGCAAACCAUGAACCAGUUAUUAGGUUCUUGAAAAGUCUCAAGGACCAUGAAUGGGGACAAUAUCCUCGCCAUACGCAGGCAGCAGCAGGUAUAGUGGCUUGAUAUAUCUUGUGUAUCUUAGGUCCAGAUGAUCAAAACUUCAUUACACUAAGGUUAUGGAACAGCACGCAGAUAUCUAAUUCCGAAUAGUGAGCUUUCUAGAGGAAUUUUAGUAGCUAGUUAGACAAAGCUUUAUCUAAUUUAAGCUUCCCCUCCUUGUUAGGAAUACGAGCU